AUGGUGCUCCUCAGUUUUUCAUUCUGGAGCUUCUGCCUUCUUUCUCUUCCUAUUGCGUCUACUCUAUCUGUCCCCCAGAAGCCUCUUGUGGGAGAGUCCGAAGGUGGGGUCAACACUCUCACUUCCGACCUUGCAUUCGAUGAUGUAGAGUUCAACCCAACUGAUUACACAUCCCUGGAUGAAUGGAAUCCUACAAACUGGGACUAUGAUGUUGUCAUCGUCGGGGGUGGCCCUGGUGGGUUGGCUGCAUCCAUGUCUCUUGCUCGAGUUGCCCGAACAUCCCUCUUGUAUGAUUCACAAGAGUACCGAAACGACAAGACACGGUACAUGCAUGAUGUGCUGGGACAAGACGGCGAGGUACCACUGAAGUUUCGAUCAGCAGUUCGCAAGCAAAUCGAGGAAUUGUACCCCGAUUACUCUUUCUGGGCCACACGCAAGACCAAGGUUAUUGGCAUCGUUCCCCUCGAGAAGGGUUUCCGGGUCUACGACGAUAGAGGUGGAAAGGUCACCGCUAAGAGGGUCAUCAUGGCGACUGGUAUCAAGGACGUGCUACCUGAUAAGCCGGGGUUUGCCGAAGCCUUUGGGAAAGGCAUGUUUUGGUGUCCCUGGUGUGAUGGCCACGACUACAAGAACCGUAAGAUAGUCGUGUUUGGCAAACUUGCAAGUGCCAUUGGCUCCGCGCUGAAUUUGAGGAAGUUGACCACCGAUAUAAACAUCGUUACUGGUGGUGUAUUGACCAAGGAGGACAAGGAGGCGGCAGAGACACGAUGGCCUGGCUGGGAAACAGUUAUCAAGGAUACCUACAAUAUUACUAUCUGGGAAGAGGACAUAACUAGCGUCGAACGUACCACGAUAGGUAUGGAGCCCCAGGACGAUGAGUAUAAAGUCCACCUGAGCAGCAGCUCCCCCUUGGUUGCGAACGGGAUCAUCAUCCACGUGUCUACUGCUCAGACGUCCAGGCUUCACAAGCAGCUGCGCUUGGAGAUGGAUGGGAAUUCGGUCAAAGUCAAGAAUAAUAUGGAAUCGAGUGUUAGCGGUCUUUAUGUCGUUGGUGAUGCCAACAACGACGGCAGUACCAAUGCCUACCACGCCAUGUGGAGUGCUAAGCGUGCUGCUGUCAAUGCCCACGUCUCCAUGUCCAAGCAGGAAUACUUAGAUAGUGUUCCUUUAGCCAUGGUAGCGGCGACAGGUGGAGAUGAAGACUUCUACCGUAAUCAGGUUGAAGGCCUAGAGGUCCAAAUUGGCGACGAUGUCGAGCAGCUGUACAAGGUUCUCGGUGGUUAA